AGCAAGAAGAAGUUCUAUGACACAGAGCUGGAGAACCUGGAGCGGCAGCAGAAGCAGCAGAUCGAGCGGAUGGAGCAGGAACAUUCCCUGCGCCGGCGCGAGGAGGCCAAGCGCAUUCGCCUCGAGCAGGAGAGGGACCAUGGCAAGUUCCUGGAGCAGCUGAAGCAGAUGAAGAAGGAGGUUAAGAAUGAGGUUGAGAAACUGCCACGGCAACAGCGCAAGGAGAACAUGAAGGCCAAGAUGGAUGAGUUCGCCCAGAAGAAACAAACCCUGGAACAGGAGUUUCUGGCCAAGCAGAAGGAGGACCUGGAGCAAGCCAUGAAGAAUAUAACUGCCCAGAACAAGAGAGAGAUCUGUGACAAGGAACGCGAGUGCCUGAGCAAAAAGCAGCAGCUCAUGAGAGAUCGGGAAGCAUGUAUCUGGGAUCUGGAAGAGCGCCAGCAGCAGGAGAAGCACCAGCUGGUCAAGCAGCAACUGAAGGACCAGUACUUCCUCCAGAGGCAUGAGUUGCUCAGGAAGCAUGAGAAGGAGAGGGAGCAAAUGCAGCGCUACAACCAGCGCAUGUUGGAGCAGCUGAGGAUUCGGCAGCAGCAGGAGAAGGGUCGACUGCCGAAAAUCCAGCGCAGUGAGGGCAAAACACGCAUGGCCAUGUACAAGAAGAGCCUCCACAUCCACUCCAGUGGGAGUGCAGCUGAGCAGAGGGAGAAGGUAAAACAGUUUGCCCUGCAGGAGGAGAAGAGGCAGAAGGCAGAGCGGCUGCACCAGCAGCACAAGCACGAGUCGCAGAUGAAGGACAUGCAGGCCCAGUGUGAGAGCAACACCAACGAGCUGCAGCAGCUGCAGAAUGAAAAGUGUCACCUCCUGAUCGAGCAUGAAACGCAGAAGCUGAAGUCCCUGGAUGAGAACCACAACCAGCACAUGAAGGAGUGGCGAGACAAGCUGAGGCCACGGAAGAAGGCCCUGGAGGAGGAGCUGAACCAGAAGAAGCGUGAGCAGGAGAUGUUCUUCAAGCUGAGUGAGGAGACAGAUGGACAGACACCAACAUCCCCAACCAAACAUGCCAAGUUUGUCCCCUUCAGCUCCUCAGAGAGCUUGUAACACCGCACAGCUGGCAGGCCACCAGCUGGUACUGGCUGUGUCCUCCUGGGCUGCAGAUGGGCAACUUGCACUUG